AUGUCUUUUCUGUCAAGAUCACGUCAUCUCUUGACAUUUAAAACCCCACCCUUGCGUUCGUCAGAGAGCAUCCCUUUAAUAUGCCGUGACAAACUUAUUAGCCAGGAGGAGCUCUUUCAGUAUACCAAUGGUCGAUUUCUGACUCGAGACAAACAACAACGUGAUGGUCGUUAUGUCAAAUUUGAUUUAGAAGCCCUUUGUGCUAUUGCAGCCUCCACAGGCCCUUCAGUGUCGCCUGUUCGAGAAGUCGAAAAGUUGGAGGGCGGAUUCAGCAAAGCAUUACGUAUACGAAGAGAGAAUGGAACAGAGCUCAUUGCGAAGGUUCCGUGUCCCAAUGCCGGCCUCGCAAAAUACACGACUGCCUCAGAGGUCGCUACUCUGGAAUACGUGAGAGAGCAUACGGACAUCCCAGUACCAUACGUCUAUACCUGGAGUGUCGAUGCUUCGAAUCCUGUUGGGGCGGAGUACAUCAUCAUGGAAAAGGCUGCCGGUGUUCAGCUCUUCAAAGUGUGGGAUCAGAUUGAGGAGCCAUGCAAACUUGCCAUCAUCAAACAGUUAGCCAAGUGGGAGAGUCAACUGAUGUCGACAAAGUUCCCGGCUUAUGGCUGCGUAUAUUCUCGCCGCUCUUUUCCUGAGGUGCCUGGGAACUUGAUCCUUGGGCCUUGGCCUUGCCUCACCGAAUUUGGAACUGCCCUAGCAAAACGCGAGAUCUAUCGCAUCUCUCAGGAAUCGAAAAGCGUUCGCGUGGUUGACCAUCGUGGCACAGCUGCUGAACAGAUCUCUUUGCUAGAGACAACCAUUGAGCUCAUGAAGAUUCUAGGCGCUCACUCUGACCUCCUUCGACAUGCUCAACCUACCGCCUGCCACACCGAUUUACACAUGGGCAAUAUUUUUGUCUCAGAGAAUGACCCUUCCAAAAUCUCGGCAAUUAUCGACUGGCAAUUCACACAAGUAGCUCCUAUGUUCUUACAGGCACGCUGGCCGGUUUUCUUGACUCCACCAAAAGGCUACCCGGCUGGGAUCGUCACGCCCAAGUUACCUGAUGACUAUAAAGACUUGGAUGAGAAAGAAAAGAAGUUGGCAGAGUACAACUUGAACCUGGCAACAGCGGCCAAAGCCUAUGAGAUAAGAUGCCUCCUUGACAACAAGGAUGCUUACGAUGCCAUGAACUUGCCUCGAGUAUAUCGUGAGCUCUUCAUUCGUUGUGGAGCAACAUGGGAAGAGGGGCCUGCGCCAUUGCGGGAGUGCCUAAUCGAGAUUUUCAAUUCCUGGCAUGAUCUAGAUCUGCCGGGUGAGUGUCCCUACACAUUCCGUGAAGAAGAAAUUCAAAAACAUGAAAAACAUUUCGAGGAAUACAGAGAAUGGCACCGUGUAAGAGAAUUUGCGAAGGAAUAUCUCGACACCGACGCAGAUGGCUGGAUCCCCCCUGAAAUGGAUUUCACCGAGAAGCAGGAACAAAAUAAGGCUCUUUUCACUCUGUAUGUAGAGAGAAUGGCAGGCCAGAAGUCCCAAGAAGAGAUCUAUAGGAUGUGGCCAUUUUCGGAGGGAAUCACGCUGUGA